AUGUUCCGCACGAUUUCUAAGUUGGGCAACCCCGCACUGCGGCAAAUUGCUGCGGCGCAGAUCGCCGCCACGAAGGAGGCAGGGACGUACAAGAGCGAGCGCGUCAUCACCUCCAAGCAGUCCGCCAAGAUCGACGUGGAGUCCAGCUCGAAGCCCCUGCUGAACUUCUGCGCCAACAACUACCUUGGCCUCGCCGACAACCCCGAGGUGAUCGCGGCGGCGAAGGCGACGCUUGACACGCACGGCUACGGCCUGGCGUCGGUGCGCUUCAUCUGCGGCACCACCGACAUUCACAAGAAGUUGGAGGACGCCAUGACGAAGUUCCUUGGGACGGAGGACACCAUCCUCUACCCGAGCUGCUUUGACGCCAACGGCGGCGUGUUUGAGGCCCUGCUGGGCGAGGAGGACACCAUCAUUUCGGACGCGCUGAACCACGCAAGCAUCAUCGAUGGGGUGCGUCUGUGCAAGGCGGAACGGCAACGCUACGCCCACAUGGACAUGGCGGAGCUUGAGGCCAUCCUGCAGAAGACGCAGGACAAGCGCAUUCGACUAAUUGUGACCGAUGGCGUCUUCUCCAUGGACGGCGACGUUGCGCCGCUGGACAAGAUUGUGGCCCUUGCCGACAAGUAUAAUGCGAACAUCAUGGUCGACGACUCCCACGCCACCGGCUUCAUGGGGAAGGGCGGCCGCGGCACACCGACGCUGUUCGGCGUCGUGGACAAGAUUGACGUCUUGAACACGACCCUCGGGAAGGCGCUUGGCGGCGCCAGCGGCGGCCUGUCGUCGGGCUCCAAAGAAAUUGUCGAGCUUCAGCGCCAGAAGGGUCGUCCGUACCUGUUCUCGAACACGAUUGCCCCCGCCGCGGUCGGUGGGACGCUGAAGGUGAUGGAGCUUCUGCAGGGCCCAUCGGAUGCGCAGCAGCGGCUGCAGGAGAACACGCGGCUCUUCCGCACCGAGAUGAAGAAGGCGGGGUUGAAGCUGAGUGGGCACGAGGAGUGCCCCAUCGUCCCUGUGAUGCUCUACGACGCCCGCGUCGCCGGUGAGUUUGCGUCCCGGAUGAUGUCGCAGGGCAUUUACGUCAUUGCCUUCAGCUACCCAGUCGUGCCCAAGGGCCAAGCUCGCAUCCGUGUGCAGCUUUCCGCGGCGCACAGCACCGAGGACGUGAUGCGUGCUGUUGAGGCCUUCAAGGCGAUCAAGAAGGAGCUCGGCGUGUAG